GAAUCAACAUGAAGGCAUUCAUCGUUCUCUUCGCUCUGGCCUGUGCCGCUCCAGCUCUCGCCGGACGCACCCUGGACCGCUGCUCCCUCGCCAGGGAGAUGUCCAACCUGGGCGUUCCCCGUGACCAGCUGGACAAGUGGACCUGCAUUGCCCAGCACGAGAGCGACUACCGCACCUGGGUGGUCGGCCCGGCCAACUCCGACGGCUCCAACGACUACGGUAUCUUCCAGAUCAACGAUCUGUACUGGUGCCAGCCCGAGGGACGUUUCUCCUACAACGAGUGCGGCCUGAGCUGCAAUGACCUUCUCUCCGACGACAUCACCAACUCCGUCCGUUGCGCCCAGAAGGUCCUCAGCCAGCAGGGAUGGGGAGCCUGGUCCGUCUGGCACUACUGCAGCGGAUGGUUGCCGUCUAUUGAUGAGUGCUUCUAAAGGACUCCGACCUGGAAUUAAUAAAAAAAAAAAACAAGAUGCUUAUAGAAAAU